GCGCAGGAUGAGCGGGCGCCCCCCCGCGGCCGGCGGCGCAGCGGCCCCGCGCCAUGGAGGGGUUCCCCGCCCGCGGGUACGGCACCGGCGGCGCGGACAACCGGCCGCUCUUCGGGGAGACCUCGGCCAGGGACAGAAUCAUCAAUCUAGUUGUUGGUGGCUUAACGACCUUGCUGCUUGUAGUCACUCUAAUCAGUGCUUUUGUCUUCCCGCAACUACCUCCAAAACCUGUGAAUGUAUUUUUUGCUUUCUGCAUCUCCUUGUGUUGCAUUUCUGCUGGCAUUCUUAUCUACUGGUAUCGACAAGGAGACCUGGAACCCAAAUUUAGAAAUCUAAUUUACUACAUAUUGUUUUCUAUUGUCAUGUUAUGUAUAUGUGCCAACCUGUACUUCCAUGAAGUGGGUAAAUGAAGGACAUUGGGAAUACCCAGCAAUGAUGCUGCUGUGUCAGACUGCUUCCAGCUCAGCUCUCAACUCUACUCAAGACAUUGAAGUGAGAACCAUCAGCCUGAGAGGAAAGAAGUGGGUUGUGCAAGGAUAAAUCAGUACAUGAUUUUCAUGUAAAUGUAUAUGUAAUGUCCCUCUUGUUGGGGAAAAUUAUUGCCAUAAGACGUGACAUUCUGCUUUUUUUUGAAGAGCUACUGUUGCGCUUAAUGAACAUUCCAGUUGUACUGAUGUUUCAGAAUGGCACAAGCUUUUUCAUUUUGGAAAAAAAAUGCACUUUUUUUAAUUACUGUACAAAUAAACUGCAGCACUGAAAGGAUCUGUGGCAGUAUAAAUAAAUGGCAUCUUACAGUCAA